AUGCACCCGGCGCCCCGAGCGAGCCAUUGGACCUACACGACGAGCGCCCGUGUCGGCGCCGCGUACUUUGACGUCUGCCGCUUUGGCAUUACGACGGACCACGACGUCGCCGCCUUGCUAUCGCUGCUCGCGGCCGACGGCUUUGAUUUUAUGGGCGAUGGCGGCGUCGACGCGUUCCUUGGCCAGUGGCGCCGGUACGUCACGUACUUUGCGGGGCUCGAGAUGACGUGUCGCCACAUUGCUGUCUCGCCGGCCGAGACGACUGACAUCGUCGUCUGCAACAGCGUCAUGCGCUUGCGUCUCCACCGCCGGACGCUCGAGUGCCUCUUCCCGCACGUCUUGGCCCGAGAAGACAUGGUCCAGCGCCUCGUCGGGCGUGAGCUCUCGGCACCCAUGACGCUGACGCUCAUCGUGCGCCACGACACGUGCCAGAUCCAGUCCAUGCACUCGGACGUCGCGUUUGCCGUCAGCAUGGCAGAGCUCCUCGGCAGCCUGGAAGAUACGGCGGUUGCCAUGGACGGCGCGCGUGUCCACGGCCCGUGGCUGUUGUCGGACGACGAUGACGACGCGUCAGUGGCGGCAAAAAGCUUGACGUAUAAAGCUACGUGA